UUCUUCGAAAAAUAACUUUACAUGAAGCCCUUGUGUCUUCAACCUUCAAAUUAUAUUCAGGGCUGGUAUUCGAAAUUAGUCUUAAUUGGAUCUACGAACGCUGAAGCUUAUCGGAAUAUUUGUUAUUAAUAACUGACCAAUGGAGUGAAUGAAGUCAAUGAUGUGCGACCAUAAGAUUGUCUUAAGUCGUUGAAUACCACUCCAAACCUUUUCGUGGGAUUAAUUUCAUCAAGGAUAUAUCUAUCAAGCAACAAAUUCCGAAGAUAGCGUUAACUCAAACGAGACAAGUGAAGCUGUAAUCAUCCGAAACAGACAAAAACGGACAACGUAUGAACAAAAGGACAGAACGCGAAAUAAAUACUAUUAAAUCAUUUAUUUGAAUUACUCAGCGUUUUUGCUAGUGUAAAAACGAUUCUGGAAUUAUGGGAAAUUCGUUUGUUUCCUUAAAGGUUUUGGACAAACACAUCUAGAAUUAGCUUUCAAACGAGAAUAUUUCAAACAUAUGCCAAGUAUUUACAAGGUUUUGAUAACUCUGGAUGUGUUCCUCAUCGUGGAGAUACUUCACCAUGAUAUUAUUGAAUGAUAAGGCGUGUAACGUGAUUGGAUUAGUUGCAACCCUACAUGUUUUAAAGGAUUCGUGAAAGCCAAAAUUGAAUUGAAAUUUGCAAAUGAUAUUCAUAACAUCUUUAAAACAUCAAAACUACAUAUCAUCAUCGAGGAAGAUAUGAAUAAGUUAAUGAACGAUGCGACAUCAGGCGACAUAUAUCGCAUUACACCGAAUCUUGAUGACGGGAGCUCCAACGAGACGCAUUGUUUUGAAUGGUGGUGCUUUCAACAUAAAGCUCUUAUUGUUCUGGAAGCCCUCACCAUCAUUCUCUGUCUAGUGGGUAGCUUUGGAAAUUUAGUAACCAUACUUGCCAUAUUAUUCUCCAGCCUCAGAUAUUGUGUAAACUGUAUCUUGAUAGGUAGUCUCAGCUUUGCUGGAUUUUUGUACUGCUCGCUUGUAAUGUCAAUCCAAGCAGUGUUCUUUCAUAGGAAAUCCAGAACCAUACCGCAGAUCUUCUGCUCUGCCACAGGAGGCAUUCGCUAUACUCUGUCUGGAGUGAUAAUGGCACAUUUAGCUGUCAUAGCAUUGUACUUGUUUCUUAAUUUUGUUUAUAUCGACAAGUACAGAUACAUGUCAAAAGUAAGGCAACUUAUAAUUUCUCUUCUUGUUUGCUGGGUGGUGCCUUGUUUUUUCACCAUUCCUCCUACAAAUGGGGUGUGGGGUGCAUUCCAAUUUCAGACCCAAAUUCUCUCAUGCACAUUUGACAAAAGUGUUGACCAAAGCAACAGAGUUGUCAUGGUAAUCGCUGGUUUUAUAAUACCAUGUAUUUUUAUCAUGUAUUGCUACGUUCGUAUUGCAUGUACUGCUUACAAUAACUUCAAACGUGUACGUCGUUGGCAGGGCAACUCUCCAAAGUCAAAAGCAAUACGGAUUUCAACAAUGAUGAUGUGUAUAUUUCUUAUAUUUUUCCUCAGUUCCCUUCCCAACUUUGUUUUAAAUUUGAGAGAUAAAGAAUUCAUACAUCCAAUUCACCACAUUUGGACAACUAUGUUUCGUUGGGUGGUGUACUGUUGUAAUCCUGCAGUAUAUUCAUUGAUGGAUAAAAACUUCAGGAGGGCGUACAAGAAGAUUUUGAUGCGUUCCAGUGAAAACAAGUCCGUGCGGAGGGCCAGAGGUGCACAGACAACUAAUGUUUAGAUUUAAAAUAUUACAAUUACUGUAAUGCCAUUCUUUACAGAAACAUUAUGUCCGUUUCUGAUGAUUUGAAGAUAAAGUCGUCAUAAUUAAGGUUUAAUGUAAUCAAUCUUAAAUUUCCUCCAAAAUUUUCGAAAACCAGAAACGUUUUAUAACUAUUUAUAAGUUAAUUUAUAAGUUCCCCCAAUAUGAAAAAAAACAUAUUAGUAUUUCCGUUCCUGCACUCAUUUAUGAUCCAGUACAUAUUCUGAAAGGCAAUUGAUAAGGUAAAAAAAAAUCGUGCAAAGAAUUCGUACAAAGACAUUCGACGUUUAAUUGUCGAUGUGAUAUGAAAUGAAAUAAAGUGUACGAUCUAUUGAUUAAACUUAAAUUGAAACACAAGUUUACUGAUUUACUAUCCGAAAUGGUAUAUGUAUUACGACCCUCGCGCAAUAAAUGUAGGUUACAUGGUAGCGAUAUUUGAAAGAAAGAAAAAAAAAUAAUAUUCAAUCUAGUCGUACUGUAAGAAAUAUUUGCUGAAAUGUUUCAAACAUGUCGCGACAAUUUAUCGAUCUUGAUGUUUUUAAAACAAUUAUAGAUACAACUGUAGAAGCAUGUGACAUUUUUUAGAAUUCAAUCAUCUUGAUAAACUUGUUAUGUUAGAGUUAUGUAAGAUUCGCGUUUCUUUUGCAUACACUGUUUCUUUUUUCCGCUAGUAUAGGAUUUUUGUGUUAAAUUUCCUACUUAUUGAAGGCACUUGGCCAUUAAGACUUUCAGCAUCAGGAUUUUCUGAUGUUGGGGGAACAUUCAACUGUUAAAUUGGAAUGUCUGGUUCCAACAAUCCUAGAACUGCAGAGCUAUUCCGGUAUACAUGCGUUUUAUUUUAUUUUUAAAUUGCUCUUACCUUAGGCUAAUAAGCUAUUUAGAGAAGUCAUUGGGUAGAUGCAAUUUUCAAGUUUAUAUCAUUAAUUUCGGAGUUUUAUAUUUUUAAGCGCCUUAACUCUGAAGUGUUAAUAUUGAAGAACACAUAUAACAGCGGAACUUUGUGUGAUAAUGUAGGGCUGUAUAUGGUUACUUUAUUGUAUUAUUUGCGCAUUACUAUUAUUUUGUUGAUUGAAGGAGAUGAAUACGAAUGUAUUAUUUAAUAUCUGUACAUAAUUUUAACUGAAAUUGUAAAUGUAUGUAUUUUUCUUUCAGUUACGGCAUUAGUAGAGCUGAAUUAUUAAUUAAUCUGUUUGUUUGACUGUGGUCAAACGUCAAUGGUGAUCUGUUUGUAUAUAGAUUUGUAAAUUAAA